AUGCUAGACACCAUUAAACUUCAGCACACCCCACUAAAAAAGAUAAACAGCUUCAAAUACUUUGGCUCAGUUAUUAGUAGCGAUAGAUCUAUAGAUGCUGAUAUAAUCCACCGAAUAAACACGGGAUGGAUGAAGUGGAAGGAGCUAUCGGGAGUGCUGUGUGAUAAUAGAAUGCCGGUGCACAUGAAGGGUAAAUUGUACAAGGCUGCAGUGCGUCCAGCUACGGAGUGCUGGCCUUUAAAGAAAAAACAAGAAGAUAAGCUACACACUGCGGAAAUGAGGAUGCUGCGCGUACGAAACAUACAAAUACGAGGCAGCUUCAGAGUAAAACCUAUCCCUGACAAACUGGAAGAAACCCGACUCAGAUGGUAUGGUCACGUCAUGCGGCGACCACCUAACCACAUGACACAGAAAGUGCUGCAAAUAUACCCACCUCCGUCGACGAGGCGAGGAAGAACCCGACAAACAUGGAUGGCUACUAUAAAUAAGGACUUAAAUAACGCAAAAAUACCAGUCCAGACGACUCGGGACAGACUGUUCUGGCGAAAAAUUACUAGGAGAGUCGACCCCAAAUGA